UCUGCCCACUGAAGGCUAGAAGUUUUAAAGCAAUUGCACAUCACAUGCGGUCAUCAACAAGAAAUUGCCGCGUGUGUGUUUGCCCAAGUAUAGAGCAGAAUUUGAGCAGUGUAUACGUAUAUAAAUACCAAGAGAGCUAUCGUGUAGCUCUGGGAGCAAAAGCUAUUUCAAAAGGAAACAUAACCUGCCUAUCCCAAAGCAACAUCCGUCAUAUCAGAUUCAUAUUUCUGCUUCAUUAUUGUCAGGAUGCCUCCCGGGCCUGUGCAAGCGGACUGCUACACCAACACUGAUUAUGAAAUUGGAAAGCGGCUGUUCAAUGUUUAUAUGGCUUUAAUGAUAGUUCACACCUCGUCUAAUGGCAGAACAGAUGGUUCAUUGGUCGAGGCAGACCGAUUUAUUGAUUCGAAAGCUUAUGAUUUCGAAGCAGCGCUAGUAGCCAUAAAGAGCUUGAAUCUAGAUUUACCCCGCACGAACAAAUUUGACGAUGAGAGUUGUGAAGAUUACAUAUACAAGAUUCUCGGAUUCGUCAGACUGUCCAAUAGCAGGGAAGACUUUGUUCCUCUGCUGACAAAACUCCACCUGCAAAUCCCAACUUGCUUAGCCGACAUUGGAAUAUCGACAACUGCCUAUCAACAGUCAGUGCUGGAGGAAAUGACAGGGCGUUAUAUCAGUUCCACACCUACCCAGUGUUCAUCUAACGCGAAUGAUGAGCCUGACAUUUGGAAGUAUACGUCUCGUUUAUGGGAGGAUGGGACGAAUCACGGAGUGACGCCCAAUGUCAAAGAAAGUUGCCUCAACAGUUAUCCGCCCAAGUUUCGAAUCACCAUUUCUUACCUGGGUAUACAAGCGUCGGGUGAGGGUAAAAACAAGAAGCUUGCGAAACACAUCGCAGCUAAAGGUGUUUGCCAAAGGCUUGGGCUCCAACCAUGUUGAUAGUGAGGUCGUCGGAUACAUGUCGCUAUGAGAAGUACCUAGGAAAGUCUCUCACAUCCGAUGUAUCCUCUCCAUGUAAGCAUCGAAAGGAUAUCCGUAGAUCAUAGACGAACUAUUCCUGAUUUAGACCUGACCCUCGGAACCUUGUACAGUGCCAUAGGUUACAUAGCAAUCAUUGGAUAGACAAGAAGUAAGGCAUG